AAUUAUGAUUAUUCGCAAGGUCGAUGCGUUCCGUCGUCGCGCGCAUCGAUCGUAUUGUCGAUUAACUCAUUUCGCACAAUUCGCACCAGAACAGCGUGUUACUGCACAUUUUAGAUCAAUUCGUAAUUUGUUAAUGAUCGCUUUGGUAUGUGGAAACGUUGAUCUUUCAUUCUUAAACGGGAUCAAAAAUAACAACCAGUUUUUUUCAUUUAACGUAAAAACGCCAGGAAAAAGAAGUUUAUAGAAGAUUUGGAGGUAAAUUUAUUUAACGUUCUAUUAAGAAGUAAAUUUAAUUAGAAUAGCAAAAUCAAUUAAGGUAUCAAUAAAAUUGAUUAUUUGAAUUGUACAAAAAUUAAUAAUUUUCUUAAGAAGGCUAACUUUCAAAAUAUCAAUUUUGUUGAUUUUCGUUAUUAAAGUCGGCUAUAAAUCAAAUAUUAGUCACGAAGAAAACAUUUUAAAUAUAACUUGGGUAAUUUAUGGCAAAAACCAAAUGAAGCUUAAUAACUUAAAUGAACACGUUUAAAAAUAAAAUAAUACUUUAUGAAUAAAAGGUAAUUACAUUAUUUCAUCGAGAUUUUGUGCUAAAAUGGGAACUUUUAGUUCAUUCGCUAACCUACUUCAAAGAAUUUCUAAACAAGACAACCAAUCAGUGGUGAGAUUACAUCUUUGAUUCAAUUUUACAAGAAUUGAUACAAUAAAAGCCUGAGAUGGCCCCACCUCAAUCUAGAAAUAAACAUAAAAGUGACGAUGAACCAGAAGACAAUAAGUCUCAAAGGUUGAAAACUGAAGCAACAGAUGAAUUUGAAGAAAAGGAAAGGACAGAAAAUGAAGAAAUGAUACUUAAGGAGCCGUACCCUACUGGAGGGAUAAAACACACUCUUCACGGCAUUGUCUACCAACUAAAACUGUUGAUGCUCUUUGUAAAGCGUGGAGUAGAUCUGAAGUAUGAUUUUGGUUUAGCAACAGAAAUGGUUGAAGCCGAAAAGUUUGAUGAUAUAGUCUUUCGAUAUAAGGAUGAAAACGGUUAUGAAAUUUAUCGCUUUGUACAAGCCAAGCAUAUACAAAAUAAUAAUGAAAAAAAAAUUACAAGUUCUGAUUUACUUCAAACAGAAGAUGAUAAAAAAAAUAAUUUUAGUUUACAAAAGUAUUUUAGUUCUUAUCGUAAAAUCAAACAAAAUUCAAAUUUUAAGGGUGAAUUUAAAGACUUUGUUAUUUGUACAAAUAUUGAUCUAGAAGAAAAUGUAAGAAAGAAUUGGUUUAAGGAAAUAGCUGAUGAAGAUAAUAUUUUAAAGUUUAAUGAUAACGGGUGUAAGCGCUAUAAUCUUAACAUAGAUAAAGUUCUCGAACACGAAGAUCUAGUUUCAAAAUUAAAAAAUGCUUCAGAAAUUAGAAAAUUAGCAAAAACACUUGCUGAAAUUGUAUUUGAAAAGGAAACUUUGGAUUUGAAAAACAAGCUAUUGCAAUCUUACCACGGCGCAAUGAUAAGAGAAAAAGUAAUAAAUGUAAAUAUACAUAAAAAGAAACGCUAUGCGACAUUUCAUAAUGAUUUCUUAAAUGGAAACUCACAGAAAUUAGAAAACCUUAAAACUGCGUUUUUUGAAGAAUAUUCAAGAAACAAAAAAAAUGUAGACAAAGAUAAAUUUUGGCAAGAUGUAAAAAAGGAAAAAUUUAAAAUAUCAUCAAAAUUUGGAGAGAAACACACAGAAAAGGACUUGCCAGACGAUUAUUAUGUUACGGAUGAAGAAAUAAAAAGCUUUUUUGAAAAGUUAGUAUUUGCUGUCAACCAGCCUGAUGAAAUUGAGCUGGGUAACAUUAUUAGACAUGAGAUAGAUGACUAUAUUAACUUGAUUGAUAAUGACAUUGUAGCAAGUAAAUUUCAGAUACACAUGCUGGAUUGGAUGAAAGAAAAAGAGGGACGCUUUCUUACUCAUGAACAUGGCAAAAGUUUUUUUGAGGAAGCAGAAUUAGAGAUUCGUACGUUAAUGUUAAUUAGUCUCACCUUGCAUUAUGGUUCAAAAAUGGAAGAUUUUUGUAUUGAUUUUUGCAACAAACCAACAGAGCUUACUGAUUUCUUAGAGAGAAAGUCUCCCGACAGAGUUUUCAACUUUAUCAGCUCGCAUAAGACUACAGUAAGUUCGAUUAAGGUGUAUUUAACAUUAAAGGACAUUGGUGAUUACAAAAAAUAUGAUAGCCACAUUUUUAUACGCUUAAGUUCUCUUUUGCGAAUGAAAGAACGUGUAAUAGAGGCUUUUAAAUCAGAACGUUUAUACAACUUGCUAGUCAUCGAGUGUAAAGUUGUAGAGAAAAAUGUGGAUGAUCUAUUCAAUCAAUUAUCGAAUGUUCUUCGAUCCGCGGCUGAUAAUAAAAAAAUUAUUCUCAUCUCCCAAAAGAACGAUCCCCUAUUGAAUAAAAUUAAAAGUAAUUUUUCUAAGAAUGGAUACCAAGAAAAAGUAGAUGAAAGAAAUAAAUUGACUGACCUCAACAAAUCAUCACAAAAAAAGCUUCUAGAAAAUACAGAAGUUAUGUUUCAAGGAGCAAACGUCAGUCUGGAUACAUUAAUAGAUGAAAGCACAAAACCUUUAAUAAAUGGUGAAGUAUUGUCUAAGCUUAUUGAUGGUGAGCCGAUAAAAAUAGGUAAAUCACCUAAAGAUUUAAAAUAUAAGGGUAUUCAAGAAUAUUAUGUCGAUCGAAGUUUUAGUCGAUGUGAAGAGAUAAAAAAAGAAGAAUUUGAAGAUGCAACAUUUGAUAAAAACAGUUCUAAGUUUUACACUAUUCAUAAUAACGAAAGUGUUGAGUCAAAAAAUCUUCAAUCAAAACAAGAUAUUGUAUUAAUAUCUGAUUCAACUGAAAAUUUUGAGAAAUUAUGUGGUUUUAAGAACUACGAAAAGCAUCAUAUACAUUGGCUCAAAAAACAAGAAAACAAGUUCAUAUGGCAACAAUCUCGUGGUGAUUUAUCAACAUUACGUAAAUUCGUAAAUACAGAUACAUCUACAGUAUACAAGCCAGAAAAAUUCACAGAUAUAGAUGACAAAGUGGUUAUUGUUGCUACAGCACCCGGUAUGGGUAAGUCCACCGUGCUUACUCAUCUUGCAUUGUCUCUAGAAAGUUCCUUAUGGCUUGUAAGACUGAACUUGUCAAAUUGUUCACGUGAUUUACAAAGAGCAAACGAAAAGAAAAUAGAUUUUAACGAAAUUGAAGCUAUAAAAUUCCUAUGUAGAAAUGCAGGGUUUCAAUUCUCAGAGGGGAAAGAAGAUGGAGAAACAGAAAACGAAAAGAAGAAAAGGGAGCAAAUGAUAGAAAGCGAUCUCAACCUUAUAACUAUAGAAAACGAUGAAAUAAAUUUGGAAACUAACGAAAUUGAUGGCGUCAAGUUAUUAGAAAUAAAAUUAUUUAUGCAUUUUUAUAACCGAGGUGACGUUGUUUUACUGUUUGAUGGGUUUGAUGAGAUUUGCCCCGACCAUGAAAAACAAGUUAUUGAAUUACUACAAACUUUAAAACAUUCUAAAGUGAAGAAAAUAUGGGUAACAACUCGUAAUUAUGUCAAAAAUCAGUUAGAAGAAAAGUUAUACACUUUUUCCUAUACAUUAGAACCACUUUCCAGCGAAGAGCAGGCAAACUUGUUAAAAAAUAUUUGGAAAGAAAAUUUGAAUCGUGAUGACCUAGAUAACGACAGGUGCAACAACUUUACUAACGAGCUAAUUAAAAAGUUUUCUCAAGAUAUUAACGAUCAAGAAACUGACUUUUUGUCUGUUCCAUUACACACAUCGAUGGUCGCUGAAAUUUUUCAAGACGAAGUCUCUGGUGAGACUUUUGAGCUUAGUAAAAACCUGGAUUAUAUAUGUAUAUAUGAGAAAUUUAUUGUUAAAAAGUUUGAUAAAAUUUACAUUGAAGAAAAGAUGUCUGGUGUGGAAAUAACUAAUCUUGUAACGAAAAAACUAAUUAAGGUUGAACGGGAGAAGUUUAUAGAAGAUCAUAAAAUCUUAGCUGUGGAUGCAAUACUUGCAGAAAAUGAAUCAAUGGAAUUAUUGCUUUCUAAAGAACAAAUAAAAAACAUGUCUAAAUUAAAAAACGAUAUAAAACAAGGGGGCGAAAGAACCGGUAUUAUUGACAAAGUUAUAGAUGAUAAGCCUAAAUUCGUUCAUCGUACAUUUGCUGAGUAUUUUGUAUCCACGCUAGUUUUUGAGAAAUUAAAGUCAAACUAUAAACUAUGGAUGUCAUUAAAGCAUAUUUUUUGCGAUGAAAAACACAGUAUCAUUCGUAGAUUCAUUGACUCUUAUUUGAAAGUUCAAGCUAAUUCUUUAACGAGUUAUUGGCUUUCUGUUGAAGUUAAUCCUCUUGAUUACGAAAAACAUUUGCUUUGCGCUGUACAAGAAGGUUUGGGUAACGUUUUCUCUUUUUUGUUAAAAAGUGAGAAACAGAACAGUAAUUAUGGGGAGCUUAUCAGUGUACCAAGAAAACACAUCAAGAAGCUGUGCGAUAAUGGAGAGUAUGAAAAAGCCAACUUAUUUCCAAACAAUGCGUUAAAAUUCCUAGAAAAAGAAUUAGGAAAGAAUCAUCUUGAAGUUGCAAUUAUUCGUAGAUACCUAGGAAAUGCUUGUGGCACUAAAGCAGAGAAUACUAAAGAUGACAUCGAAAAAACGAAAUUGUUUGAGGAAAAAAAGAAGUAUCUUGCAAGUGCUUUAGAUAUUUUUGAUAAACAUAUUAAAGUCGCUAAAGAGACCAAUACAAUUACUAAUAACAAUUAUUUUCAACAGGCUGUAUCUACUUUUAAAGAAGACUUUUCUAUACAACAUGUAAACGAAUGGAUUAGAGUGCUUGAACUUGAAAAAGCAAAAGCGACAAGAAACUUGGCUGUUGUUUAUGGCGACUUACAUUAUCCUGAGCAAAGUAAGGAUCUUCUUGAAAAUAAAGCUAUACCUAUUUUUGAAAAAUAUCUUAAAGAUCCUAUAGUUAAAGAAGAUGAAAAGUUAUUUAUAACAGUUGAUGUUGAAUGUGCAAGAGCAAAAAGAAACCUAGGUAAUACUUAUGGAGACUUGAAGCUCUGGCAGGAAAAGAUACAGUUACUUGAAGAGGCUUUAAAGAUUGAUAAAUAUCUUAAACAACCUAACACAAACACAGAGGAGUUAAUAAAAAGCCUUAAUGUCAAACUCUUCAUUGCUGAAGCAAAAAGAAAUUUAGGUAACGCCUAUGGCAAGUCAGAUGAUCAUAAAACAAAAAAAUUUUAUCUUAAACAGGCCUUACCUGUUCUUAUAGAACAUUAUGGAUUUCGCAGUAAUAAAGUUAUUAAAGCACAAGAAAAUCUCAAUAAAGCAUAUAAAAAUUUAGGACUUCCACUUCAUGCAGCUGUUAUUACUGAUGAUUAUGAUGGUGUAUUAAAGUGUAUUAAUAAAGUAGAUCCUUGUAUUCAAAAUGAAAUUGAAAAAAUUCUUCUAAAUUUGGAGAAAAUGCCGUUGAAUCGAGAUUCAGACAAAUAUAAAAAAAUUAUAAAUAUUCUUAAGUCUAAAUCUAAUAAUAAGUAGUUGUAUUGUAUCUUGGAACUUUUAAUAAAUGUCUCGUUAGUACUAA